AUGAAGCGAAUGUCAUUCUCGGCCAACAUUCACAGCUCGCCGGACUGUAACAGUCCCUGGCAGUCUUCGACAGAUACCGUUGCCCACGAGGGACGUCAUGCCACACAAAAGACAUAUCCGUUCAGGAACUACUGGACCGCACCUGGAGGCCUGAGUGAGGCAUUGGUGCCUCUUCCCAGCAAACAGGAUGCCGAGUUGAUGAUUGAUAAAUUCUUCCUCCAUGUUGACCCUCUUUAUCCAAUCACCCCACAGGCAGUAUUCAGAGCUAGAGCCGAAAGCUUCUGGGCGUCCUCGCAAGAGAACGCUGCCGAUGCUAUUGAAGUGGCUCUCAUCUACAUCAUUCUGGCCACGGGUCGCUUGUUCAUUACGGACCAAGGCUCUGUCGACCUUGUAUCACCAGAAACGUUCCUCUCUUGCGCAUAUCGCGCACUUUGCCUUUCGUCGUUUUUAAGCAAGUGGUCGUUACAAAGCAUCCAAGUGCUGAUACUCAUCUGCAAUUACUUUGUGAUGAACAACCGCACUGCCGACUCGUGGACAUUCUCGGGCAUCAUUCAGAAACAAGCAUAUGGGCUUGGUCUUCACAAGCUGCCUCCGAAAACUGCCGCUGUGUCUGAGAAGCAGCUUCGCUAUCGCUUGUGGCAGGCUCUUAUGUUCCAGGACGUGUCCCUCUCUUACUAUCUUCAACUAGUGCCGUUGACAUGCCAGCACAGUAUCGACGCAAGCGCACUCUCGAACGUCGAUGAAGGAGACAACCGCCCUGGACUGCGGAUGCAAGAGUUACUCGCGACGGGGCCAGUCGUCAGCGAUCUUGCCUUUCUAACCUGUCAAUCUGACGUGAGCUAUGUUCGGGCGAUGUGGCAGUUCGCCAAAUUCAUGCAGGUGAAUAUUUGUCUCCCUGGGGCCCUGGCGCGACCCGUGGUGAGAGACAGUGCUCACAAAGCCGCUUUGAUCUUGGAACUCCAGAGUCUCUACAAUGGUCUGGACCCACCUUAUAAUACUACGGCCUCCAACAACCACGAUCACCGGACAUGGAGACAGAUAAUCAUGGUCGCGAGCAACUACCAUUUCGCAUUCACUAUGCUCCAUCUGGCUGAAAAUGCGGAGUCUGAUGUCCGACGAGAUUUGCACGAGGCGCUCAAAGCGUCUGCCAAAGCGAUGGCCUGCUUUUUCACACUUAUCGCCGCAGAGCCUCAACACGCGGCAAUGUGGGCUCCUGCAAAUACCAGAGCUUACGCGCAAGCAGUCAUGAUCAAGAAGAUGUUCUCGCUUGUCGACCAGCAGCAGCAACGCGAGGAAGAUCCAUGGCUACAAUUGGUCAAAGGAGAUUUCGAUCGAUAUAUCGACAUACUUGUCCAUACACAUGGCGCACCUGGAUUUGAACAGAUGAAGAAAGAGCGCCUCUCCAAACUCCUCGGUGGACAAGUCAUGAGUUAG